AUGGCAUCCACGUCUUAUCACGGGGCCAAUUACGGGUUUCAAGUGGGCAAUAACUAUGGCCACAUCACGACAGAAAUUCACUUGUCGAAGCGACCCAAGACCUCCCACCAUGACGAUUUGCGUGCCCCGCCGCACGCUAAGUACACCAUCGCUUGGAUCUGCGCGCUAUACAUAGAAAUGGCAGCUGCUCAGGCAAUGCUAGAUGAGAUUCACGAACGCCUACCUACCCGUGUGGACGACAACAACUACAUACUAGGAAGCAUCGCUAGGCAUAAUGUCGUCAUUGCGUGUUUACCAGAGGGACAGUAUGGAACGAACAACGCAGCGAUUAUCAUGACCAACAUGAAGCGGACCUUCCCGGCGAUUCGUGCAUGUUUGAUGGUUGGCAUUGGCGGUGGUGUGCCUGGCAAUACCGAUGUUCGUUUGGGCGAUGUUGUCGUCGGAACAAGGGUGAUGCAGUAUGAUCUUGGAAAACUUAUCGGAGACGGACAGCUCCGACGAACGGCAAUCCCUAGGCUUUGUCAUCCAUUAUUUGGCACGUCUAACGUGCGCGCGAAUCAUGAACGCCGCCCUAGUCGAAUCCACUCCAUCUUGCAACAGAGAUUACAAGGACAGCCCGCUUACUCUCGCCCGACCUCUUCUGAUCUUCUGUUCUAUGCAUCGUAUGAUCAUGAAUCUCUGACUGAUAGCUGUGACGGGUGCGACCACACCAUGCUAGUCCCAAGGAGCAGCCGCACCUCUGACGAGGCGACGAUUCAUUAUGGCGCAAUUGCCUCAGGGAACCAAGUCAUGAGGGACGGCACAACACGAGACAACGUUGCUCGAGAGCUAGAUGUCAUAUGUUUUGAGAUGGAAAGUGCUGGUCUGAUGGACAUCCUCCCAUGUCUUCCGAUUCGGGGAAUCUGCGACUAUGCAGACUCCCACAAGAGCAAAGAGUGGCAGAGAUAUGCUGCUGCAACCGCGGCCGCGUACGCAAGAGAGUUGCUUGAAGAGUUGUCUGUGACCGAAUCGCGUCAAGGUGUCAGCCCCACUGUCGAUUCUAGUAAGAAUGCCUUCUAG